AUGGACUUUGGUGGCGGCUUGCAGUUGCAACUGGACAGUGAUGGUCAGGAUGCCAACCAGCUGGAAUCCUGGGCAGUGCAGCAGGAUGGCUCACUCAGACACGGCCCCACCAAUAUCGUCAUUGGUGAGGGCGGUCUGCGGGACGGAGUCGGUGAGAUUGAAGUGGAUCAGACAAACUUGCUUGGGCGUGGAGCCGGUGGAGUUGUUUGCCGUGCUGUGCAUACACCGACAGGCAUGCCGCUGGCAGUCAAGGUGGUGAGAGUGGAAGACAAGGCGAAGCGUGAUCAGCUCAUCAACGAAAUCCACACCCUCUUCCGGAUUACGAAGAGUCACUUCUUGAUCGAGCUCUACGAUGCGUACGUGCACAAGGAAUCUGGUUGCGUUCACGUGGCCCUUGAGUACAUGGACUACGGAAGCUUGGCGGAUGUGAAGCGGCGUGUUACAGAAGUUCCGGAGAAUCUCCUCGCCCUCAUCCUCAUGCAGAUUCUGGAGGGUCUGAAAAUUCUCCACCUCAACAACGUUGUGCAUCGAGACGUGAAGCUUGGCAACAUCCUGGUCAACUCUCGUGGGUCCGUCAAGGUAACCGACUUUGGCAUCUCCAAAAACCUGGGAGAUUCAUUUACGGUGUGUGACACUUUUGUCGGCACCGCCACUCAUAUGUCUCCAGAACGCGUCAACGGAAAGGAUUACAGCUUCGCGGCCGAUAUUUGGAGUUUGGGCCUCUGCGUCUACGAGCUAGCGUCUGGCGUUUAUCCGUACGGAAGCGUCGCUUCAUUUCCGGCUCUCUUCGACAAUCUAAUCAACAGGCCAGAGCCUCGCCUCAAGGAGGGUCGCUUCUCACGAGAGCUUUGCCGCUUUGUCGAAGUCCAAUUGUGCAAAGAGCCAGAAGAGCGGUGGAGCGCAAUAGAGCUGCAGGCAUCAGAUUUCAUUCUCUUUAACUUGCCCAAAGUCAGCGAAGCAGCCUUAAUCAGAUGGCUGGACCGCCACCGCUUUCAGCCUUUGAAGAAGAUGUCCCGAUUUAUCUGUUUGGCUGCCUGCGCUAGCACUGGUCCACAGCACAAGCAUAGCAACGACUUUUCGGCCAGGCUGGCAGCAAUCAUGGCGAGCGAGGAUGAUACCAGAUGCUGA